AGAGUUUCAGAGCCGGGUGGAGAAAUUCCGCAAGGAUGGGGAGCUUCAGCGAAGAGACGAGGAAUCUGCAUCUGUUACCCUGGUCAUCGAGCCAGAUGAGGUCCAGCAAGAGCAACUGUUGGAACUCUUGCAUAAAGUUGGCCCUCUGUAUUCAAAGCUGAAGGACAUUGAGAAGGGUGUGGAGGACCUUCGUGGGAUCCUGCACGAGCACGACAGUCGUCAGCAAGUGGAGGAGAAGAUUGGCAGGCUGAAGAGCGAAAUGCGGCACAUCCAGGGCGCUUUGGAGGAGGUGAAGAAAAAGCGGGAGAAUUCGAGCGGGGUGGUGCAACAUGCCGCGAGAACUCAUCACCUAUCGCUUGCCAUCCACCUAUCUUUCAUGCUCGAGGAGCUCUCUGGAAUGCAGAUUGACAUGCAUGACCGACAUAAGCAGUAUGUACGCAAGGAACUCAUGAUAACGACAGGCCAUGAUGAGAGGAACGAGGAAGAACUUGAAACUCUCUUAGAGCAGUCCACAGAAAUCUUCACACAAAAUAUCAUCAAAGAAACACAGUUGGCACGGCAGCAGUUGCAGGACCUGCAGGACAGGCAUGAAACAGUCAUUAAAUUGGAGAAAUCUAUAACAGAACUUUGUCAGUUGUUCCAGGACCUGGCAUUGUUAGUGCACCAACAAGGAGAAACUAUCGACAGAAUAGAGUCGCACAUGUUUGAAGCGCAGGAGAGGGCCACCAAAGCCAAAGAACAGCUGCAAGAAGCCGUUGUCAACAAGAAUAAAGCUAUGAAAAAGAAGUUCAUUCUGUACAUGAUCGGAGCAACCGCCCUCCUGGUUGUGGCUUUGAUUAUUAUAUUCAGUUUUGUGGGCUGAGGAAGGCAGAGGUCCCUCCCCAGUUUUGCAGGCCACCCAUCGGCAGUCAAGAGGAAGGAAAGUAAAUUGUCGGAGAGUGAUAUCCAGGCUGUCUCUUUUAGGGCGAAUAUUUAUUUUUUUUAUUAUUCUGAAUAAAAGAACUACAUUUUGCCAUAGGGUCUCUAGGUCUUUAGGAAUGUGUGGUUGGGUUCGAGUUUUGCAUUUUAGAAAGUUAAAAAUAGUUACUCUGGGUGAUCUAUUGUUUAAAAGGUCAUGCAUUGUCUUUUUGGUAUUCCGUAAUCCAUUUUGUUUUCUUUCUUUUUUAUGAGAACUGAAAUUGGCUCUAUAUUUUGUACUGAAUGAUAAGAGAAGAAUCAUAUUUUGCACAAAUUGAAAGAAUGACUAUAUUUUUGGAAGAAUUAUUAUUAUUAUUAUUAUCAUUACUAUUAAUAUAUAUAUUUUUUAAAGGUAGGUUAGGAAUAUUUACCACACCAUCGAUAAUUUUGUGAUAUUAGGAUAUGUAGAGAAGAGAAUAUAUAAAUAUUGCAUAUUUUUUUUCAAAUUGACCAUGUAAGGUGUACUGGAUAUUUUUUUUUACCAAUUUGACCUUUUAUGUUGCACAUGAAAGAUUAUUGUUCUAGGAAUCUACCAGGUAAGAAAUCUGUAUAAAGUAUCUGAAUUGGAUGAUUUGGCACAGAAGGAGUAAGCUGCCAAAAAACUGUAUUCGUUUGUUUUCUCCCAAGGGCAGAGAUGUAGUCUUCAUGCAUUGAUAAUGUACCAUUAACUUAUAGAGAAUCUCUCUAAGAGAAUGAUGUGUUCAUAGAUUAAUGGAAGAUAUGUUUGUAUUGAUGCAGAUUAAUUAUUGUUCUCAUUAUUAUUAUUUGUAUUAUUGUUAUUAUUAUUGAAUAAUAUCAUUGUCAUUAUUAUUAUUAUUAUUAUUAUUAUUAUUAUUAU